AUGAAAGGGAAUGGGCCAGAUGCAUGGCCUGCGGCGAUAAUGUGUGGCUACGUCGGACCAACCACCACCGAAAAUAAAGAGAUCGCUGAUGAAACUCGCCUCGAAUAUGACGACUGGAUCCCACUUCAGCACCAUAUGUCCUUCAUGAAAGGAAACGUAACGGAGGUGAGCAACUCCUGUUGUGGGGUCAAAUGGGACGCCUGGGAAACACAUCUCUCGAAAUCUGCACUGAAGAUGGCACACUAA